AUUUGUAGGCUUUACGUUUGCGUAGGUAAUGCCGUCCCCGCUAGUGAGAUAAUUACGGUGUAACCUACUUACCUACGGCAUGUGACUCGAGGAAAAUGCGAUUUGCGAAUGACACUCAGCGUGGAAUGAGAUAAUAUACGUGUGCUAUCCUGGAUUAAUUUCGGCAGCGAUGGAAGUCUUGCUAGCCACGGCUAAUGUGGGAUCCAUCUUCGAAGAGCCGGAUGUAAUGCUGAAGGGAUGGUUGAAUGUAUUCCUGAGAAAGUUGUCUGAGUUGAAUCCACAAUUUGUUGCUAUUCACUGUCAAGAAGUCGGAGGAAAAAAUUACGAAAGUAGUAUGCAGUAUGUCGGAGGGUUCGUGGAUUCAAUCCUUUCGAGCGUUGAAGCAUCAGGAUUCAAUAAGUCUUUAGUCAUUCUUGACGAGGACUAUUCGGUUGCGGAAAAUUUCACUGCUCUUGGAAAUAUUUACAUGAUACGCAAAGAUUUGGAAGAUUGUAACUUUCCCAAUCCCUAUUCGCUGAACCGUAGAAGAGCCUUGGACCACACGGUGCAGAGGUUUUUUCAUGACGGGCUGGACAACGUACCAUCUUUCAUUUUUGGGGAUUUUAAUUUUCGGCUGGAUACAGGCACCGUUGUUAAAGUAUGCACGGGGGGUGAAUUCCAGCCGACGGAAGAAACGAAGGGUGUAUCGCAAUUUUUCGGUGAAAACAAUGAUCUUCUGUUCACGCUGGGAAAGAAAGAAUUCGCUAGAGUUGAUCAUGACGAAUUCUUCCUGAAGGAAAAGGGCGACUGGUUACUUCCUUUUGACCGAGAGAUGGAAGAUUUCCGUGGCACGCUCUUCGAAUUUGGUAUUAAAUUUCCACCGACUUACCCAUAUGAAGAGGAUGUGAAGGCGCCUUGCUCAUUGAUGAGAACGAGAUGUCCAUCAUGGUGUGACAGGGUUUUGCUGUCACAUUCCGCCAGGCUAUUAGUGGAUGAUAUGGGCUCCAUUAUUUACGACAUCAUCGGUUUCGACACAUGCACUGGAGACCAUAAGCCGGUAUUCCUGAAACUGCGUAUGAAGAAAGACAUGGGAGACGGGAAGGAUGUGGUGUGGGAGCGCCAGGACUCCGUCAGAGGUCUUUCGCGUCGUGGGAAGGGCAAGUCGUUGGCUGUAGAAGGUAGUAGUUGCCCGGUUGUGUCGUCUUUGGACUCAUGCCUGCCUGCGCACGAUUUCCUGUGUCCGUCGUGUCGCGCUGCGCCGUUGGACCGGUCGCAAUCCGAACGUAAGCGGCCCGCGCGCCGCACGCAUCAGGUUGCCUCUUCCACGCUUAGUGCCGACGCGUGCCGCAACUGCCGCCGCGCUCGACCUGGCCCGCGGGUCCGAAUGCACUUGUUGGCCCGUGGGUCGUCUUCUCGUCCCCUGAGUCACCACUCGUCGUCUGACGAAGAGUGGUUCGAACGGGUAGUGGAGGAUGGGAAUGCCAAAAAUAAAAAUGCAGAACCUCCCGGUAUCUCUGCUUUGCCGACCUCUUCGGACGCAAACCCAACCCCGCAAUCUCAGUUUUUCAAGGCUUGUUGUUGUGUUUCUUAGUUUGAGAACUACCCGAACCGGGGAAACCAUGCAGAAACUGUUCAGAAUCUUUGAUGCCCAUCGUACGUCGUUGAUUUGGGUAAUAAGGUACAAUCAGAUCGCUUUGAUUCCUAUUUACCUUGAAGUUGAUGACACUGAUAUUUUUCUGUACCAUUUACAUAAUCUUUACGCAAGCCCCCGUCAUGGAGGGGAUAUCCGGGUUUUUAAUGUUGCGAAAAACGGAAGCUUUCGAAACGCACAAAAAUUAGUAAAGCUCGUGAUACAUAAUCCAGGGAAAUUUUCGGAACCCUCUAUAAUUUCGACUUGUUGAAGACAACAUUUUGUAAAUGCCUAUUAAUGAGGCUUACUUACCACAGCUUUGGUAGGUGUGUCCUUCUCUCAAAGAAACGCCGAACCCACUGCUAAAUACAGUACCUAACGGUAUUUUUCCAGUGAUUGUUGAAACGUCACGUACGAGUACAAGAUGAGUUCCACUGAAGAAUAAUUUUGAAAUGUUCCCACUUAUAUUUUUCUGUAUGCUGUACUUGAGAAAAAGGAAGGUUUAGUCCCUUCAUAUUUUGGCGAGGAUCGUUAUCUUGAUAUUUUGAGAAGGUUUAUUUGAUUAUUGCCAUCUCGAAAAUCACUCAAUUGAAGCGAUGGAACGUUCCAGAGGCGCGUUUGGGUUGUGUAAAUAGCAAUUUCAGCGAUUGAAUGAAGGUUGUUUCGAAGUAGCAAGUAAAGCUGUGAUGAAUUCUUCAUUAUAAGCAGUCGCCUCUUUGAAGUUUUUUCCGCGUUCUUCUGUCGAAAUGUGUGACGAAGGACGAAUUGAUUUAUUUUAGGGAUAUAUGUGGAUAUGAGCCUAUGUGAGAUUGAUCAAGUAUUUCGUCAUUUUACGGAAUUUUCCCAAUCAUUCCGUGAUUUUGGCCGGCGUCAAAAUUUUGCGUUGCCCAAUUUUGGCCUCGAGAGGAGUUGUAAUUACUCUACUAACCAUGUGAAACUUGUCGCAAGUCGCAACAUCGACCGAGAAUGUAGUCAUUCCUCCUUUUCUUUUAAAUGUUACUGAAGCAUUCAUACCUGAGGUUUUUUCAUUUGUGAUUGCAAUCUCCGCGAUUUAAACUCUUCUGCUCGUGUUCUUCAUGUUUCCUUUUUAUGGAACCUGCUCUGUUUUAGUUCUUUAUAUGCAUUUAGUGUGGGACUGUUUUUAUGCGAAGUCGUCACUAAUAAUGCUCUUGACUCAUUUCCAUGUUUUGAUAAGUCUUUUUAGCUUUUUCGCUCGUAUCGAGUUUAUUCUUCGUGAUUGAAGAUAAUUUGUUCUGAAUCUCAGCGAGUGCAUCAAGUGUAGUGAAUGCUCUUAACACAUUCAGUCAUUUAAUUCGGCGUAUAUUUUACCGAAAUUUAUCUUGACCGCUUUGUACGAUUUUUGACCGAAAAUCCGGUGCCAUUUUUGUUCUGUUGUUUGCCAUGAACGUCGCAUUUUUCGGCUGUAUGGCUUUUCUUCAGUUGAAGACAGCGCACAAAGUGAUGCACUUGUUCUAGGGACUGGAUUGCAGUAGAAGGUUGUGAAAGGGAUCCUUCACUUGGACGUUUGAGUUGAAUGGAUAUGUUUGUGUAAUUUGAUCGUAUGCACGACGUCGGAGUUUGCCUUUAGUUGUGGAGUUAAUAUCCGAAUUUACGAAACACUGACCCGAUUUUCCGGGGGUUUCGCAGAUGGAAUUGUCGAGACUCGAAGCUCGUGCGAAGGAUCUCGGAAAGAGACGUCGGUUUGAGGCUCAGCUACCAGGUUCGGUUCAAUAUAUUCCGAAUUUCGAAAAGUGCCAAUGGGAUAUUCGUCGUUUCGUGUUUUUUGUACGUAGUUAAUCAGAUAAUUUCGUUUAUUGCGCGUUUUUUAACAUGCCAAAAGUCUUCCUGAUUGGUUUCAUCCGGAGACGACAAGCUUUGGUUGUAAAGUGGUCGUGAACGGAGAGCAAAAGUUACCGAUCAUUUCGAGUCAGUUCAAGUUUGCUUUGUUUUGCUCACGAUGUACUCAGAUUUUCAUCCCAAUUUAUGCGACUGUUUCAGUUUUUGUGUUUGUUUACAAAGCAGUUUCCUCUCUUGUGUUAGCUUUUUCGAGGACGGUUAUUUCGAUUUUCCUCCGAAAUUAUGUGUCACGAUACAAUGUGUUCAGUGGAUGUUUAUGACGUUGGUGGGUGUCGUUUAAAUUGGAAUUUUACGGGGUGAAAAAAAACGAAUUAUCCAUUGUUGCAGACCGUUCUCGUGUCUGUGCAUAUGUGCGGUAUUGUUUCUAAUGAUGUGCAUAGUUUCAUUCUUACGCGAAAUGGCAAAAUCGCUCUGGCACGAUUUCUUCAAUAGCUUGAACGUUUAAUUUGUCCGUCGGGAAAUUCGUGUCCUUGGAUUCGAGCAAUAUUUACUAAUUUGAAGAAACUAAUUUGGUUUGACGUGUUUUUCCGUCUGAUCCAGAUUGACGCUUAUAGAGCGGAAGUAAACUUUUUGUAAUGAUUUUACUCGUUCUUUAAUUGAGGGAUUAUCAGCCGUUGAUGUUUUCUGCGGAAAGCCGCUUUAUUGACUGUUCAAAGAUGUGUACCGACUUAAGUUAAUUAUGUCCCGUCAAUGCCUUGAUUAUCUUGGCUUCUACUGAAGUAGUUCAAUGCCUGAUACCAACUGGAUGCAGGAAAUGGUGGUUCGAAGUGUAAAUGCAGUAUGAAUUGAGCAACUUGCAAAUUUUCUUCUCUUCGGCUUGCUAGUCUUCUUUCGUGUCUUGGUAGUCAAAUAAGAUUAAUGUCGUACCAAAUUUUUAAAAGAUAUCUGACUGUCAGAAUACUUGAGCAGUGCAUCGUGUAGAAGUGAAAGUGGUACAAUCGUUUUAAAAGUGAUUAUCUCUUCCUGCUCCGUGAGUGGAGUUUUUGGCUUUUUGCAAAGUAUUUGACGAUGCUUUUCAAAUCCUUUAAAAAAUUUUGUUCCAAGCUUUAAAAUCAAUAGUAUAUUGUAACAUGUACAUGGUUGAACUUCUGAAAUGGCUAUUGGGUAACCCCGCAAAGUUGAACUACAGUAAUUUUCUUCGGCGAAGAAGUCGUGUUGGAGCUAUUUGAAGUACAAUUUUUUUCAUCAA